UUUGCUUCCGAAAUGAAUCCAAAGAGGCGGAGGAGCCGACGGAAUGAAUCAUUUGUACAACGCGAAUGUUGGGAAGUUUAGAGCAUAGUCAUCGUGUAUGCCUUCGCGAUUGAAUCGUCAGUUAAUUUUUUGGGUGGCGGUGAACGCCAGUGUAUAGCGGAGUAACGUGGCUUGCAUUAAAUAAAAGUUAAAGUUAUUUUUCUACCAGCUUCUUUUGUGUUGCUUAAUUAUGUAGAAUGUGAUUUGCUAAUAUUGAAAUAUUUUGCUAAAUUAUUUAGUGCGGUUUAAAUCGAUUUUGUUGAUGAAAUAUAGAAUCUGUGAAAAAUGCCUAUAGUUAGAGCACACGAAGGAGGGGUAGAUAAAGAUAAUCAAAAUAUGAGAAAAGAAACCAAAAUAUAUUUAAAACAUAUAAGAAGCAAGUGUAAAAAAGUUUUGUUUAAAACAAUAAGCAAAUAAUCAAAAACAAAUGAUUAUACAAUAAUAUGCUUACGAAUAUUCAUAUAAAGAUUGUUACAAUAACCAUUAUUGAUACCGGAAUUGACAAAAUAAGCCAAUAAUUAUGUAAAUUGAUUUAAAGUUAUUGCAAACCCAGGUUUUGCAAAACCCAUUUUACCGUCCUUCCUUAAAAAAACUACUGUGCCUUUAAAACGGAAUCUUCAGCUAAUCAUUACCCACAUUUUGUUGAGCUGCGUUCAAAGACUUUAUAAAAAAAUUGUAUAGUUAUUUUUUUUUACUCUUAACUAUACGUAUUCCGCAAUAACUCAGAGAAGUGUAAACUUGUUUGGGAAACCGAAUCUUCUACAACAAAACAACUCAAAGAUGUCGUCACUAAAGGUUGCUGUUCGUGUUCGCCCCUUUAAUGCGCGUGAAAACGAUAUGGAUGCUCAGCUCAUUGUGCAAAUGGAUGGUAAGAAAACACGCCUCUUAAAACCAAAAUUGCAAUCCAUACGCGACGUUGGACGCGAUAAUCAUCAUGACUUCACAUUUGACUACUCUUACUGGUCAUUUGAUGAGCAUGACAGUCACUUUGCAACGCAAGAGGAGGUUUACAGCGAUCUGGGCACAGAUGUCAUCGACUGUGCUUACGAAGGCUAUAAUGCAUGCGUUUUCGCUUAUGGUCAAACUGGCUCGGGAAAAACAUUCACCAUGAUGGGUACACCAGACAAUCCUGGAUUGAUACCACGUAUAUGUCAAGAGCUGUUCGCACGCAUGCGUGUUGGUCAAGAGUCGGGUACAGGCUAUAAGACUCACGCCAGUUAUUUGGAAAUUUACAAUGAACGUGUGAAGGAUUUACUAGGCCCACAUAGUGCUGGGCACGGAUUGCGUGUUCGUGAGCAUCGCACAUUGGGACCAUACGUCGAAAAUCUCUCCCAACACGCCGUUUCAAAUUUUGAGGAAAUUCAGGAAUGCAUUGCUCGCGGUAAUAUUCAGCGUACCACUGCCAGUACAAAUAUGAAUGAUACGAGUAGUCGCAGUCAUGCAAUUUUCACUAUAACUUUCGUACAAGCCGUUUUUAUGAAUGACAUGCCGAGUGAAACUGUUUCCAAAAUCCAUUUGGUAGACUUGGCAGGCAGUGAACGAGCGAAUGCCACUGGCGCCACUGGCCAACGUCUUAAAGAGGGUGCACACAUUAAUAAGUCCUUAGUGACAUUGGGUAGUGUAAUAUCAGCCUUAGCCGAGCAAACCAGCACCACAACAGUCGCGCUAGCGAGUAGCCCUGCGCAGACAAAACGAGUUUUAUACAUUCCCUACCGUGAUUCAAUUCUCACAUGGCUUUUAAAGGAUAGUUUAGGAGGUAAUAGUAAAACCAUUAUGAUAGCUGCACUCUCACCGGCCGACUGUAACUACAGUGAAACGCUAAGCACAUUGCGCUAUGCUAAUCGGGCGAAGAAUAUCAUCAACAAGCCUACCAUUAAUGAAGAUACUAAUGUAAAAUUGAUACGCGAAUUGCGAGAAGAGAUCAACAAACUUAAGUCCAUGCUGAAUGGAGACAUUAACACUGUACAGCCUUCGUUGAAAGUCCUGGAGGAUUUGCAAAAGAAGGAAGCUCAAGAGAAGGUUUUGACCGAAGAAUGGACUGAAAAGUGGAAGGAAGCUCAAUCAAUUUUGCAAGAGCAGAAAAGUUUGGGUCUCCGAAAGUCCGGUCUCGGCGUCGUUUUAGACUCGGAAAUGCCACAUCUCAUCGGCAUACAUAACGAUGUCACCACCGGCGUAACCUUAUACAGCUUAAAGGAGGGUGAAACACUAAUUGGUACUGAUGAUUCGGAAACUCCACAAGAUAUAGAGCUUAUUGGGGAUGGUAUAUGCGCACAACAUUGUAGAAUUGUGUUGCAAGAGGGUAUUGUAAUAUUACAUCCGUAUCCUGGUGCACAAUGUUGGCUCAAUGCGCACCUCAUCGAUGAGCCAACCCAUAUUUCCCAAGGCGACAUUAUCUUGUUAGGUCGAACUAAUAUUUUCCGUUUCAACAAUCCAGCGGAAGCGGCAAAGCUGCGUAAAGAUUUGAGUCGCUCGCAACUCGACAUGUCGCGAUUGUCUUUGAUUACGUCAUCUCGUGAGAAUCUGCUUACCUCCAGCUUUUAUUCGGAAGAAGACUCGAUGAGCGGUAGCAUGAAUGCGUCACCAUUUAAACGCCCCGAACGCCAAUACUAUCCAACCAAACCGAUGUCGCGCGAUGAUCCAGAAUUACAAGAUGAAAAUCGCAAAAUACUCGAUACCAUCGAGAAUGCCUUAAAACAGUUGAAUAUAGAGCGCGUGCAGAUGCAUGACCAAUAUAAGGCGAAAGUGCGAAAACUGACUGAUGAGCUGAAACGCUUGGAAACCGAAGAAAUGGACAAAUUGGAGAUAUUGCGUUGUCAGGAGCAGGAACUACUUGCCAGAAAAGAUAUGCUGCUGUGGGAGAAAAAUAAUGAAAAAGUGCAGAUUGAUAUUGUCUGUAGACAAAUUUCAGCAUUUCAAACACAGCUUGAUUCAAAGAAACGAGAUUUUUCCGAGUAUGUUGCAAAAGAGUUGCAGGAAUUGCAAGACUGUGGAAAAUUAGACGAGAUUGGCAUGAAAAUAGAAGAGUUCACUCCACUAUCGGAUCAAUUAUUACUACAAGUUGCGGACUCUCUAGACUUAUUUGCAUCACAAUUUAUUAAGGACACAGUUAAAAGAAAUAAUGACGAAAUUCGAAAAUUAGACGAAAAAAUCAUGGAAAAAGAGUGUAUUCUGAAUGAGAGUACAAAGAAAAUUGCUCAAGUAGAUGAAAAAAUUUUACAAAUACAACUACAAUUAGAUAAAUUGCAGAAUGAACGACAUGAAAAUGAAAGCAACUCGGAGUCUAUGCGGCAGAAAAAGCUCGAAAUGAAUUUAAAUUUGACGAAAACUAGUUCCACCAACACCGAUGACUCGAAUAUAGCUAGUGAUACCUAUCAUACAGCUCAAUCAAAUAUAUCAGUUAAUUCGCCAACGAUUGUCGACGAUCAGAUUAGCCCACUAAGCACUCUCUCUGCGACAUCAGCAGAUUUAGAUGAUGCAAGCACCACAGAGAGAGGCAUGUCUUCAAGUGUAUCAAUUAUAAGCAACCCAUCUGACACUAGGGAGAUGGGCAACAACAAUUUAACGCCCAAUCCAGCAUCUCCAAAGGCGAUAAUGAGCGAUAGCGGUGUAUAUUUGGAUUCAGUGAGAACGACUCAACAGCAACAGCAGUAUUACAAUGGUUUCGUUACCAGCAGAGCCAAGGACAAUGACAAUAGACUUGGCGAAGAGUCUGGCUUAAACGAGAGUGAUUUAACGACCGCAAACUCUACAUUCAAUGGUGCAGCUGUACGUACAUCCGAUGAGGAUAGCGCAUCAUGUUCGUCAUGUGAAAUGGGUCGCAACUCAGAUGUGCCACGACCAUAUUGCUCUAUGCAUACGCUUAGGCGUAAAAUUGCCAACCAGAAGGCCUUAAUUAUGAAGAAUCUCGAAAUGAAUGUGAGCAAGUCGCAACUAGAUGAACAGAUCGUGGAACUACAGGAACUGCAACGCAGACUUAUUGCGAUGGAAAAGGAGUUACUGGAAUCGCCGGGUGAUGCUGAGAAUGGUCAGUGUGGUACAUACUUUCAACGUGAUAAUGACAUGAGCUACGAGUUAAGUGCGAAUGAUUGUAUGGAAGAGUCCUCCUAUGUGCCCAGCAUGACUCGCUCUUGCCCUUCAAUGAGAGAUUUUCCCGAAGCAGAACACUUCAUUACAAUUCCGAGUUUUGUUAUACGCGGCGCCGGAAAGCAAACACAUUAUGAAUAUGAAGUGCGAAUCGCUCUCCCUGAUGGUAAACUAAAUAUCUUGCGACGCUACAGCCGCUUCAGAGAAUUACACUUGAGUAUGAAGCAUUGCUAUGGAGCAAAAAUCAGCGCCCUACCUUUUCCAAGACGUGAGAUUUUCUCAUCAAACAGUGAAUCGGUGGCUAAGCAUCGAAGACGACUACUCGAACUGUAUUUGCGACGUUUGUUUGUAGUCUGCACGAAAAUUCCGCAAUGUCCUAUUUAUGAGGGACCCGGCGGGCCGGGCCUCACCCGUGCUACUCUGUCUCAGCUGUCACCUUUUUUCAAGAAAGGUUUGUUCGAGAACGGCAAGCACGGGACGGGAUAAUAGUUACUCUACUGCUAAAUUAUAUCCUGCCAAUAGUAUGCCUUUUAAUUUAUUUUUACUAUUUGUUAAGUUAUGUUUACUUUGAAAGAUAGUUAUACG